CGACCCGUUCCCGCGCUCAGGCGCCCCCCUCCCGCAGCCGCCUCCCACCUACGCCCCCACUGCUCUUCGCUCCCUGGCGCUUGCCGCCACCCUAGCAUUCUUUCUUAGACCCCACCCUGUCCGGCCCCGGGGCCCUGCGGGGACCGGGGGCCUAGGCGCCCGAGGACUCGCGAAAUUUCUUUAAGCAUCGAUGGAGAUGCCUUCUUCGCGCGUAGCGCGACGCAUCAGGUUCCGCCUAGACGAUGGCUCGCUGAUCGGUGAAGCAGCAACGCUGGGCCUGGAUGGCAGCGGCGUAAUGCGGUUGCCGGUGGACAAGACGGCAGUCGACCGCAAUCUGGCCAGCGAGAGGGACCUCGAACGCCUCCACCGGCUGCUCUCGAACCCGGAGCUACCGCAACUGCCGCAGCUGAAUGGAGACUUCGGGCCGCCGAGCAAGAAGGCGCGCCUGGACUCGCGGCCCAGCGGGCUCAGCCUUGCCGGCGCGGACUGGAUUGCCAAGUGCCGCGAGCUGCUGGACAAUGCUGUUCGCGGGCUCAAGGGCGACUCCGUGUGGUUCAUGGAGCGCGUCAAGGAGGAGCAUGCUCCCGACUACUACAACAUCGUCAAGCAGCCUAUGUGGAUCAACGCCGUCAAGGACAAGCUCGCGCGCAACGAAUACGCCACGGCGCAGGACUUCUGCGACGACGUGCGGCUGAUCUGGUCCAACUGCCAGCUCUACAACCCCGUCGGCAACCUGGUGCGCAUAGCCUCCGAGCGCGCGGAGAAGCGCUUCGAGAACGAGUGGGCCAACUCCGGCCUCAGCAGCGAGCGCACCAAGAGGGCCACGGCGGGCGUGGCGGCGCCCAAGUUCGACCCAGACUUCGAGCCGCCGCCGCUCAAGAGCACUCCACGGGAUCGUGCCCCCACCAAGAGCGGCACCGCUGCGGCGACGGCGCCCAAGAAGCCCACGCCCGCGGCCCCCGCGACGGCGCCUCCUCGAGCGGCAAACGGCGGGAGAGCCUACAGUCACGAGGUCACAUCGGGUGGCAAGGGGCGGGAGCGGGCGCUCACGAUGGAGCGGCGCAACCAGAUUGCGGGCGACUUGCAGAACGCGCUUGGCGAGCUGUCUGAAGAGCAGCUCAACGAGCUGAUGAGCCUACUGCCAUCCGAAGCGAUGCAGCCCGACGAGUCCGGCGAGAUGGAGCUGGACUUCGAGGCACUGGACGACACCAACCUGCGGAAGCUGGAGGCGUGGCUGCGCAACGUGCGUGGGCAAGCACCCGUCUCGCCGUCGCACAUCUCGCACAACCCCAGCGUGCGGUUAGAGGCUGGCGACGUCGACGACGAGGACUACCACAGCGACUGAUGAAGCUCUGCUGCAGCGGCCUUGAUGGAUAGCGUUGUGGGAGCGGAGUUCGCAUCUGUAUAUGAUUUGACCUACGUUAACCACGGACGAUGACAGCAGUGCGUUGACUCAGCUGCUGGUUUUGCACCUGACUGCUUUAAAGUGUAUGGUAUGGUUUCAAUCAGGAACCCAUACACGGACGCGGUGAUGCUCACUUUAGAAUGUAUGCGUGUUUGACCUCUUUGACUGCGGAGGUGCUGCGUGCCGUUCCUGUGCUAUGUUGGGCAGCUGCCGCGUGACUGAUGUGACCGCAUUGUCGGGGCUGGCCUUUUGGACACCGCGCAUAAAGAACUGAGACCACCCCCUAGAUAGUUGUCGAACGGUGUGAUGUGCUCGAUUAGGAAUGCAAAUGCCGAUGAUUGGGCGGCUUGAGGGGCACAAUGCCUGGCAGCCGCGUAGGAUAGGGAAGUGGGAAGAGCGGGAUGGAGCAAUCGCUACGCUAGAUGAGAGACAGAGAGAGGAGUGUGAUUCUGAGAGGGACAAGUUGCAAGGGAGGAAUCAUGCGUGAAGAGUAAACGAGAGCGAGUAUGGGCGUAAGGACCAGCCAUUGCAAAGCAAGUGAGUC